UAUUCUCGAUACUUGUGGAUUUUUAUGAUGUCGGUCGAAGCAAGUGUUAGAUAAUUUUAUAUCCACGUAAUUUUUUAGUGGAUGCAGCUCGUAAUAAUAGUCUUUGCAUCGCAAGAAGCAUUUGUUAUCAUACACUUCAGUUGGUUAAGCUGUGCUAGAAUUGUGUUAUUGUGGUCUGUGCCGAAAGGGGUCGACAAAAGGAUUAUUAUUAUUAAUAAAUAUAGUAUUUUCACUUUCACCUAUGUCUGCGACGGAAGAAGAGAGGAUCGUCGCAGCUAGGCUUGGGCCAUUGCUGUCGCCGCAAGGUCACCCCUGCAUAACAUAACCUCGAAACGGCGGAGCGCACGAGUGUUUCCCCCCACCGCCGCGGACCACUCGCGAGGCCCCCGGUGCGGUGAUGCGCGGAACGCAAGAUGAGUGAUGGUGACGGCGGCGAGCAGCCGAGGUGUCUGAUCUGCAGCGCGGGCGUGUCGGCGGAGCGCAGCUACGGCAUCUACUACACGGCGGCGCCGCACAGCGGGACCCUGCUGGCCACCCUGGUGCAGAGGGUGCUGCGCCGCGGCGGCGAGCAGGCGGCGCUGCCCGGCACCUCCAUGUGCGGCGGCUGCUUCGCGCUGUUCGAGCAGCUCGACUACUCGCAGGAGAAGUGCCUCAAGCUGCGGGAGGACAUCAGCGCGUGCUUCCGCGAGGGCUGCCGCAAGAGCGGCUUCCGGCCGGAGGAGGUGAACGGCGCCGCCCGCCAGGCGGCGGAGCGGCAGGCCAAGGAGGCCAGCGGCGAGUCGGACGAGUCGGACGACCCCGAGGAGCCGGAGACCUCGCAGGACGCUGUAACUGAUGAUGGUGGUAAAGAAGACGAUAGCAGUCAAGACGAAAAGACAUUGAGUGAAUUGAGUGAAUCCCAAAGACGGACGAGUAAACAAAGCAAGGAAUCAGCAAAUUCAAAACCAGGAGCUGUGAAGUUGAAGGAAGAAGACAACAACGGAGGACACGACACAACGUCGAGGGACGUCCGGAGGGAACGGCGUUACAUCCAUCCGUGCCCGCUGUGCAGGCGCCUGUUUCGCCGGCCGUGCGAAGUGAAGCAGCACCUCUUGUCCCACGGGGGGGCCAAGCCGUACCAGUGCCAAGACUGCGGCAAGAGGUUCGGGUCCAAGUCGGGCGCAGGGAUCCACGUCUUGAAGCAGCAUGGCAAGGACAUCACCGUGGAGAACGUGAUAGACGUCUGCGGGGACCCCAUCGACGCGGUCGAGGUCACCAUGAACGACGAGUUGGACGGCGGCAGGAAGGAGGAGGACGGGGCCGCGAACGGCCGCGACUCCUGCGGUAGCGACGACUUCGAGUGGAAGAUGGAGGACGACGUGUUCAGCUUCAGCGACGACAAAGAGUCGAAGCUCACGGACCUGGACGGACACGAGGACAAGGGCGACUGCCCCGAGGACGGCUGCGACGCGGGCGCGGCGCUGCGCAAGCUGGGGUCGCCGCUGGACGUGAAGCUGGAACGGGAGGACGACCCCGGCGGGGAGCAGGACCCGGAGGAGUCGAAGCCCAAGAGGGAGAGGAGGAGCCGCGGCCAGUCGUACCUGUACGAGGCGCUGACGAAGAACGACGCCAAGAACCUGCGACGUCGCGAGCGCCGGAAGCGGCAGAAGAGCGACACGCUGCCCAAGCCGCCCAAGCACAAGUGCGAGGUGUGCGGGAAGAUGUGGCGCACGACGAGCGAGUACAAGUCGCACGUGGCGACGCACAGCGACGAGCGGCCGUACAUCUGCGAGAUCUGCGGCCAGGCGUACAAGCACAAGGCGGCCCUCGACGUCCACGUGGGCAUGCACAACGGCAUCAACCCGUUCUCGUGUCCGUACUGCAACAAGGCGUUCACGCAGAAGGGCGCCUUGCAGCGGCACCUGCCCAUCCACACCGGGGAGGCUCCCUACCAGUGCGAGCUGUGCGGCAAGCGCUUCGUGCACCACACCAGCUUCAACAUGCACACGCUGGCGCACACCGGCCAGAAGAGCUACAAGUGCAAGGUGUGCGGCCUGGCGCUGCUGUCGGGCUCGCACCUCAAGCGCCACUCGCGGGUGCACACGGGCGAGCGGCCCUACCAGUGCACGACGUGCGGCAAGCGCUUCGCCGAGCGCUACAACCUGGUGGCGCACGCCCGCGUGCACGACCCGCUCGGCUCGCACGGCCGCGACGGCCACUCCAAGAAGAUACACAGGUGUCAGCUGUGCGGCGCAAGCUUCGACCGCAAGCCGAAGCUGGAGGACCACCUGGCGCUCAGCCACAACAAGAUCACGGACAGCGACGACAACCGCAAGUGGUUCAGCCACCUGCUGAGCCACGAGCUGGGGCCCGCCCCGCCGGAGGUGCAGGGGCCUCACGCGCCCGCGGGGGGAGGGGGAGGCGGCCCCGGCCCCCUGGGGCUGCUGCCCGGCCCCGACCACCACCCAUCGUCGCCGCCCCCCCCUCCUCCGGCCUGCGCCCGAGCACGGCUGGCACCAGAUGAUCUUCGGGCCCAAGGGCCUUGACGGGGAGAUGCUCGACGCUGCAGCGGCCAUCGACUCCCAGCACCGCCUGCUGUCGGAGAUGACGGCCCUGGGACACCACGGGCGGGGCGCCGUCGCCUCCUCGCACGCCGCGUUCGCCGCGCCUCCCCUGCACGGCACCACGCUGCUGCAGUCGCGCGUCGACGUGUUCUCGCCCGACCACAACUGACAGUAACCAGGGGCGUAGCCAGGGGGUUCAAACACCCCCCCCCACCCCCACCCCCUUAGCACCAAAUCUUUAAUCAAUUUAUUAUUCAUCACUCAAACAAAUUUCAUAUUAAAAUUAAUAAAAAUUUUUACCAUUACAAAUUUUAAAUUUUAAGAACCGAAAACUGCUAAAAUAGCACUAUUUUACACCUUAAAAAUCCAAAUUUUCCCGGGGCAGAACCCCCGGACCCUCCGCUUUAAUACAGAGGGGGAGCCAUGCUUCUUAAUACCCCCCCCCCCCCCCCCAUACAUAAAUCCUGGCUACGCCACUGACAGUCAACACUCAUCCCCCCCCCCCAACGUGGCCGGCGGAGCUGUCGAAAGAGUGUCGGGGCAGACACAGUGUUGAAGUCGUGAAAUCUCGUAUCAUUUUUUUUUUUUGAGUCGGUUCCGAGGCAGUGUUUCAUAUUUCAUCACCAAAAUUCUUUAAAUGAUUCUUGCGAUGUAGAAGAUUGAUUAAGAUAUUUUUUUUGGACGCACAUAAUUCCUGGUUACACUGUAUGUCAAAGAAAAAACUUCUAUAAUGGACGAAAAAAAAAGUUUAAUAUGCAGACAUGCAGAUAACAAGCCAACGGUGGCUAUUUUUUUUUUCCUUGUUUACUUUGUUAUUGCAUCUUCUUAUUUUGUUUUGUCUGUUAUUGAGGCUUAUCAAUGACAUGCAGUGUAACCAGCAAUGGCAUAUGUCCAAAAAAAAAAAAAAAAAAAACAUUUUAAACAGAACAUUUGAUUAUUUUCUGUGCCAAAUUACUGCUGUACAUUAAAUAAUUGUAAAAAGUAUCUUUUGUAGUACCAUUUGUAAACCAAAUGCAUACGGCAAAGUUAAGCUCAGAUGAAUUUGGCAGCUCUCUUGGCGCAGCUUAAGCCUGUGUGCCCUGUGCUAGGAAGACAAAUUUCCUUCUGUGGUGUGCACGCACUCGACUGGUUGAAUCAUCAUGCAGAAUUUAUUAUGCAUCAACUGUUGCAUAAAUUCUUGUGAUGUGAAAAUUGGCAUCAAAGCCUAACUGAAUUGAAUCAUCUUACUAAAAUUUGUGAUUAUCGUUAAUUGAUUCUACGAUGGGAAAAUGUAAGUGAGACCAAGUUUGUAGUAUUUGAGUCCCAUCAUUAUUUGGGAUGUUAUUUUAUUGCUUUAUUAUUUGUUAACAUGAAACACCUUUAUAGCAUGGUUGCUAAAGGACUAGAAAACUGGGAAAAGUCAGGUAAUUUUAAACGGUCAGGGAAUUCCAGGAAAUGUUAUAGAAAUUAUAACAUAUUUCAGGAAUUUCUUCUUGUACUAACAUAAGUGAAAAGGAAAAUACAGCUCUCAUGGAUGUUUAGGCACCACAAAAAAUUUGGGAACAUUUAAUAUCAUGAAAUUCAGUUCAUUUUCCUUCAUUUAGUGAAUUCUCAGGCUUUUUACUGUUAACAUGUAGUUGAGCAACAAAAGAAAUUUAUUUACAAAUGUUUACACACAAGUUCGGUAGCCUUUACUCAACAGUUUCAGGUGAAUUGAUAGUAAUCAUUUGCAAACUGUUAUUUUGAUCUUAAACUGCAUUAAUUUUACCAUAGAUUUUACUACACGCUUGCAGCCAUUUAUUUUGAUGGGCCUGUAUCAUCAAUAAUCAAACUCUGAAUUUAUUUGCAAUAAUUUUGGAGACUACCAGCUUCCGCAGACUAAUAGAAAUAAAAUAAGAAGAGUUAUUAAAAAAAUAGCAGAAUAAUUUUAUCACUUGAGAUAAAAUUCCAAUAAAUAAUUUUUGUUGUGGUAAGGAGAUCAACACCAAAGUGUUUUCAACGAGAAUAUAUUUGUGAUUUCUCCAAUGUUCGUAUGGACUGGAUGCGUAGGUAUGGCUUAUGUGUUAAUAUUAAACAAUAUGAAACUAAAAACCAGACUGCACAGGUUUUGCUACUGGUUAGAAAAAACAGCAUUAUGUACUAUGAACUGUAGAAUGACCAUAAUCAGUAAAUCUGAAAGGGCAUGAGUAUGAAGUGAGUGACUCCUAAAACUAGCUUUCAAAAUCAGAUAGCCUCAACUUGAGAAACUGGUAACCUCAGCUAAACACAAAAUAAAUAGAGUUUAUAUUAUUUGUAAUUUAACUUAUAUUACAAAUUUGGUUAUAUACUCGUUAUUCUGUCAAGUGGUUCCUACUUCAGUACUAAUGAUUUUUCAUUUAUACAUCGAAUUUUGGAGUUGGUUUUUUAGGUUAGUUUUGAUAGGUAGUACAUAUGUAAUUCAUAACCAAUUGUUCAAAUGCAUUCAAAGUAUUUUUAAUGUAUUUGACCUAGCCUAACUAUGUUUACUAUUUUUAAAUAUUUUUAAUGCAGCCAACCUAUUUAAACUGAUUAUUGUAUCACAGCAAUUGUAAUAUAAAAAAGCUAACCUAACCACUUAAGAGUGGAAGUUUGAUAACUAAAUGAUUGAAACCGUUUGUAACACAAGAAGACAUAAUGUCUAAUAACUUAACACUAACAGAGGAAAUAAUUUAGAGAAAAAGUAAGAAAAAUGGCACUAGAAUUAGUAACUCGAAAAGGUGAUUAUUAUUAUUAUUAUUAUUAUUAUUAUUAUUAUUACCAUUAUUGUCGGAAUGAAUAAAACUGACAAGUUAUGUGAAUAAUAUUCAAUUAUUUAGAAAGUGUGUAUCAGCUCAUAACAGCAGCAAUUAAGUAUCAUAUGUUAGAUCUCAUGAAAAAGUAAAAAAUAUAUACGUAUAUAUACGUACAUCAUAGCAACUGUGUCUGCAGUAAAACUUAAUACCUCCAACUUGAAAUCACAAUCAUUGCCCAUUGCAUAAUUUUCGGGGUGAACAUUUGGAUAACAAAGCAUGAUCAUAAAGAACAGUACUCGAUGAAUUAACAAAUCUCAUUUCACAAUUAUUUGUGGCUUAGCGUAACUCAAAUCAAUUGUUUGGGUUUUGAUAUGAACUGAUUUUGAACACUUUUUUCUCAUAACACAAGAGUUAGCAUUAAUGUUAAUUUAAAUUUUGUAUAAAUUUACCUAAUGGCAUAUAGUACAACAUGAAAAAGACAGCUCUUGCCACUAUACUAAAAACUUACAGUUCUCGCAUUUCAAACCAUUUCUGGCCUUGGGUAAUAGUUUGAGCAGCGGUAGCUCAUAAAUCAGUAUAUAAAUAUAAUAUAAAAAAUAUAAAUAUAAUAUAAUCAAUAUAAUCUAUGCUGAUCUUAUAUUCUCGAGAAUAAAUUCUAAUAAUUUGUAACUACAGCAUCUUUUGAUAUGCUUUUGUUUAUUAUCUCUGACUGUUGAGUUUUGUAUGCUAAUUAUGUAUUUCUACACAUUUGAUUUAAAUCACUGAUAAUUUUUUUUCUAUUUAAAUUUCCACUGAAAAGUUUUUAAGUGCUCUAGAAAGAUUUACAUAAAUUUGUUUUGAUGACAAGGAGCCUAUUUUGAAUCACACAAGCUCAACUUUGGCCUGCCAUAUUAACCCAAAUAGAGGCUGAUGUUUUUCGUCUUAAAAACCCCUCAUCAUCACACAUCAAAGAAAAAUCAAAAUUGUGUAAAUAGAUUUGAUUAUCCAUAAUAAGAGUUUAUUUAAUUUCUUAUGUUUAUUUUCCAUGUCUUAAAAUACCUUUAUACAAUAUAUUGCAAUUUCCAUGUGCAAAUAUAUUUUUCUGUGUUAACAAAGAUGGAAGAGGGGUUUAUAAACAGAAUAUUUGGUUGCAUCAUUACCAACAUUAGGAGAAAAUAUAUAUAGCGAUUGAAUUAUGAUGUGUUCCAUUACUUCCAACUGCUUUAAGUCUGAAAGAAAAGAAAGUUUAAGAGAAUCUUUUAUGUAUUGGUACCAGAAUGAAAUGUGCCGUAUACAUAUUUAUUUUUUAUGUUGGUUUGCUUGGCUGUACUUUUAUAUAUUUUCCUUCCUAAAUUAAUGUAACGUUAACCUCAAUUGUAUAGUAGACACGUUAUGCUAAUACAUAUUUUACAGUGUGGUUUCUAGAAGUGUGAACAAUUUCAUACUUGUUGUGGAUGAUCGUGUAGAGUAAUUUAUCUUCAUCUCAGGUUUAAGAGGAAAAAAAAGAACUCCUCUGAUAGUAAUUAAAACCUCAAAGUCGUGCACUAUGCCAAACAGAUGUAAAAAAAAGAGUGGGUAAAAAUGAUUCUGAUGUGGGGGAAGAAGAAAAUUAAUUUUUAUAUACCUGGAGGAACUUCAAAAUGUAGGGGGUCUUCUUGCGAUAUAGGUCAGCCUCUAUUCGGGUAAGAUACGGAGUUUAGAAAGAGUAUAUAACUUGUAAUCAAAUAGAAUCAUUGUUUUAAAUACGUACUAUGUCUUGGUUGUAUAGAAAUAACUGUACAGUAGAAGCCUUAAUUAAAACAACUUAUGUAGUAAACUCUUAAUUAUCUGUGCAAUUCAAAAUUCCAGAUAAUCUGCAAAAGUUACACAUAGAUCCAAAGGACCCAUUUAAUCUUUACAGUAACACUGUUGUGAUGUUGUUAUGGUCAUUCAGUGGCCCCUUACAAAAAAUAUCCACUUUAUAACUACUAAACAAUAAGUUAUGUAAACAUAUAUCAUAAUCUGAACAAAAGAGGCACAUAAUGUGACCAUAUAAGAAUAGAAAUUGCUUUAAGCUGUUCAUCUUGCCUAAAACAAUUUACCUUGUAUGUCAUAAAAUAUUUUAAAUUUGAGAACCUCUCCUGAGAACUGGCAUUGUUAUUGCUGUUAAUAGUUUUAAAAAGCACUUUAAGAAAACUAUAUUUGAGUAAGUAGCUGCUAUUUUAGGUUGUUUUUUUUUUUUGUGAAUAUGAUUAGGACUAUAUGUUGUAUGUAAUAAUAGUUCACAAAAUUAAUUUUGUAAAACUUAGUUAAACUGUUUUAUUUUGGUCUCAUAUCGCUUUAAUAGAAUGAGUUUACUACACUUUCUUUUUGUAGUAGGUAAUAUUCUUAAAAAUGAAUAGUUAGACAUCAAUAGUUUCAUUAUUGUUUUAUUGUAAAAAUCAUAUGUAAGGAGUCUGUUAUACAUCAAUUUGUAGGUCCUUUAGACCAUAACCAAAAGUGUGGAAGGGCCUAAAUGAUUGUGUAAAUAAUUUUUAGUUUAAUUGAAGACAGUGAAAUGAUAAGCAUUUUGAGUCAAGACACUUUACAAAUGAACAAACAGCUGAGAUAACUACAAUAAAACCGUUGUGAUAAAAUCAUAUCAGAUUGUGUUCCUAUUAAUAGUGGAAGACAAAACAUAUUACAGAGGUUCCUGUUACCCUACAUCUGCGCAUGGGCCUACUUUCAGUUUGAGUGGACCAUUAACAUAUUUGAUCGAAGUCUGGCAUAUCAGUGUGAUCUUUGAACAAAUGUACAAACACCCAAGAAGAAAGUGAAGUGUAAAACAUAGAACAUACCAGGCCGGGCGGGAUGUUUCGAAGAAACGAAUUUGCUCUCGUAGGAGUACUUCAGCUAUGCCUUGUGUUGCAAAAUGUGAUAGAACUCAUCGAUAAAAAUUGUGUUUUAUUUUUUAUCGAAGCUGCUGCAGUCAGUCAAGGAUCGGCAUCUGACAAUAACCGUAAUAUUUCAAAAGAAGUGCUUUUUUUUUAUGACGGAUGCUUCACGAUGUUCAUUUACAAUUGUUUGUGGGAAAUGCAUGAUUCUGGGACUCAUCACACUGCAUACGAGUUCAUGUGUAAUGUAUAUUUUGUAUGUGUUGAUUUGUAAAUAACGUGUACUUUCAGAUAUUUGUAAAUAUGUUUGUAUAGUAAAAGGCAGAACACCAGUACAUGGUGAUUUUAGUUGACAAUUUUUACUACAUGAUGUAAGACUUUAUUGCAUUUUAAAGAAAUGCUUAAAAAAAAUAUUGCCUACUUGUGGGUAAUGUCAGAGAGGCGUAGUAUCUUUGGUUCUUUCUUUUUUUUAUAUUUGCUGGUGGUUGGAUUAACGUGUAAAGUAGCCUCGUUGAAUUAGAAUUAUUUACAAGUGCCAAUAUAGACUACCCUGUUUUGUAACUAGAUACCAAAUAAUUCAGUACACACUUAAAAAAAAGUCUGUAUUAAGUUCUAUAAAAAAAAAAUUUUUAUAAUAGUACUGUAGUUUAACUACAUAUUUUUAUGUACAUACUGGAAUAGUAUGCCGAUGAUAAUUCAAUUGCAUUGCUUGUUACAGUAUUUUUAUGCAAAUUAAAUCUUAUUUUAAAUA